AUGCAAUUGGAUUGGACUGACGAGCAACAGCCUCAAAUGUUCACAACCGCCGCCCAACUCCUCGAUCUUACCGACAAAAAGCUGAUGGUAGUUCUACGUGAUGGCCGAAAGCUCAUUGGGGUCUUGAGGAGUUGGGACCAGUUCGGCAACCUCGUGCUUCAAGACACCAUUGAGCGAUUGUUCGUGCACGACUUAUACGCCGACAUAGAACGCGGGCUUUUUCUCGUGCGGGGAGAAAACGUCCUCAUCCUGGGUGAAAUUGACCUCGACAAGGACGAUUACAUCCCAGAACCAUAUCAGCUGGCACCAGCCGAGAAAGUCUUUGAGCUGAAGAAGCAGCAAGACCAGGAGAGGAAGAAGACAGACAAAUCAAAGUUUAAGAAACUCGCAGAACUAGGCUUCGAGGGAGAGCAUGCUGGGGAGGUAUUGUUUUGA